UUUCUUUGACACAAACACUCCCACACACUCUCUCUCUCCUCUUUUCUUUGAACUCACUUUCACUCCCCUCCCUCUCAAACUACUCCUACUGACAUAUUUUUUCUUUCCUAAUUCAAAUCUAGGGUUUUCUUUUUUCUUUUCUUUUUUUGCUCUAUUUUUUUCUUCUGAUUUUUUGGCUGCUUGUUGAAGAAAGGUAGGCGAGAUUUCAAUUUUCUCCCUUCCUGGGUUUCCGAAGAAAUCUGCUGCUGUUCAUUGGACUAAAAAAACACUUGGGAAGUUUCAAAGUUUCAAUUUUGAGAUCUGGGGUUUCUUAAUUUGCCAUAAAAACCCUAAUUCUACCCCUGUUUGGCAAAUUUCUGAGUGUUUCAACUUUUGGGUAAGUUCUAAUUGUUGCCUUUUGGGUGUAAUUGAGGUUUUUUUACUGCAUCAGAAAGGGUUUAAAACCCUAAUUUUGGAUCUUAAACCCUAAAAGUUUCAAUCGGUCUUGCUGUUUGAGCAUCUCGGUAAGUUUAAUUCUUGGUAAAAUUGAGAAAUUUGAUGUUUUGGGGUAAAAUUUGAAGUGAUUUUUUCUAAACAAUUGGGUGAGGUAAAUGUAUGGAUGGGAGAGAAGGUAUGGCAUUGCAAGGUUCAUCACCAUAUUAUAUGCAUAGAACAAUUCCUGGGGCAGUUGGGUCAGGUGCCGGGCAGCCUGGAUUGAAUACACCUCCUUCAGGGUUUAGACCUUCUUCAAACCCUAACCUUUCUUCUCAGCAAAUUGUUAGGUCUAGUAAUUCUGUAGGUCCUGGAUUCAAUGUAGAAGGAUCUCAGCCCAAUGUGCCUCAAGGAUUCACCAUUACCGUUGCUUCAACUGGGGGUUCAUUGAGUGAGCCUACAAAGAAGAAGAGAGGACGGCCAAGGAAAUAUGGACCAGAUGGUUCCGGCCCCGGGGCGGCAUCCGGGUCAGGUACUAUGUCGUUGGCCCUUUCCCCAUCUACCCCAAAUUCGGGUACCCUUGCGGAGAGGAAGAAGAGAGGAAGACCUCCUGGUUCUGGGAGGAAGCAGAGGUUGGCAGCUGUUGGUGACUGGAUGAAUAAUUCUGCGGGCCUUGCAUUUACGCCUCAUGUCAUUCAUGUUGCACCUGGAGAGGACAUUGCCGCAAAAAUACUAUCAUUUUCGCAACAAAGACCAAGAGCUCUAUGCAUUAUGUCAGGCAGUGGUGGUGUUUCUUCUGUAACACUACGUCCGCCUGGAUCAACAGCUGGGGGCGUCUUAUUUGAGGGCCGUUUUGAGAUAUUAUGCUUAUCUGGUUCUUACUUGGUUGCUGAAACUGGUGGGUCACGUAAUCGGACUGGUGGAGUUAAUGUUUCUCUUUCUAGUGCUGACGGGCAUGUGAUUGGUGGUGCAGUUGGAGGAAGACUCGUUGCGUCAAAACCAGUCCAGGUGGUAGUGUGCAGUUUUGUUUACGGGAAUACAAAGGGCAAGAGCAAGGAGUCAGAAUCGAUAGACGAAAAGAGUUCAGAACAACCAUUGAGUGAUAAAUCAUCGGCACAGAUCAACAACAAUGCAUCUUCUAGUCAAAAUGUUGCUGGCUCAUGGCCUGGUUCCAAAGGACUGGAUCUAAAGAACCCCAAUACUGACAUUGACUUGGCAAGUGGAUAAAACAAAAAGACAUUCAUGUUACUUGUUUGGGCGAUAUGUAAAUACAUUAUGUUGUGUAUUUAAAGCCUUUUAGAUGCACAAGCUUCCGUAUCAUUAGUUCUUUUCGGAGUAGGGUAAAAAAAGAAGAAGAUAACAGUCAUUUCCUGACUAGUUUGUGACAGAAUUAAGCUUUACAGUCUUGGAAGCCCUGAGUUGAGACUUGAGAAUGAUAUAUUGGCUGAUAUUUGGGGUAGCCAGAAUUGAGAUGAGAUAACCCAGUUUAGGUAAGGUAGCGCAUUGGUAAUGGUAAUGGUAAUGGUAAUGGUAGGUGUAUUUUUACAGCUAAGAAGAGUUUUAUGAUGAGUGUUUGAUUGAGUGCCUCAGAUUCUGUUGUAACUCUCCAAUUUACCAUUUUUAGUUUCUUCUCUUAAAAUUAUUUUUAA